AUGGGAGAAACCGAAGCCAAAAGUACGAAUGGUGCACUCCACACCCACUCCUCUGCGGACUCGACGGCCCUCGCCAGCCCAGAAGACCAGCCUCCUAUAUGUGGGCCACAGCAUGCGAUAAUAGAGAAAUCAAUCUUGCCCCAUACGCUCCCGGCCAGCACCGUUGCUGAGAACCUCAACACUCACCUCGACCAUGGUCUAAGCAGCGAUGAGGCUGCCGCCCGCCUCGAGCGGGAUGGCAUGAACACCAUCAAAACCUCAAAGGGCCCGUCCCUCUGGGAGAUUUUCCUGGCUCAGGUCGCCAAUGCUUUGACAAUGGUCCUGAUUGCCGUCACCGUCCUGUCCUUUGCCAUUGACGACUACAUUGAGGGAGCCGUCGUUGCUGCCGUCAUCGUUCUCAACAUUGUUGUGGGCCUUGUCCAGGACUAUCGCGCUGAGCAGACCAUCCAGUCUCUCUACGCUCUCUCCACCCCCAAGUGCAAGGUCAUCCGCAAUGGAGUCAGCGACACGGUCAAGGCGGAAACGCUUGUCAAGGGCGACAUUGUCGCCCUCGCGACCGGUGACAUGAUUCCUGCCGACCUGCGUCUGAUCCAGGGUAUCAACCUCGCCACGGACGAGGCGCUCCUCACUGGCGAAUCCAUCGCCAUGUCCAAGAAGCCCGAGGCUGUCUUCCAGGAGGCCGACAUGCCCAUUGGCGACCGCACCAACCUGGUCUACUCUGGUAGUUCUGUCACUCGCGGCCGUGGCACUGGUAUCGUCAUUGCGACUGCUAUGGAGACCGAGGUCGGCCAGAUUGCCGAGCUCCUCCGCCAAGAGAAGCGCGACACUACCGGCAAAUCCCCUCUUGCCAAGUUUCUCAUCAAGGCGUACACGUCUUUCCGCGGAAUCAUGGGUUUGGAGGGCACUCCCCUCCAGGUCACGCUCAGCAAGUUCGCCCUGCUGCUGUUUGGCUUGGCCAUCCUCCUCGCCAUCAUCGUCUUCUCUGCCAGCAAAUUCAACAUCUCAGAUGAGGUCUUGUUGUACGGUAUCUGUGUUGGCGUCGCUGUCAUCCCCGAGUCUCUGCUCGCUGUGUUGACUGUUACCAUGGCCGUGGCCACCAAGGCCAUGGUUAAGGGUAAUGUUAUCGUUCGUCAGAUGCCUUCUCUCGAGGCUGUUGGUGGUGUCACCAACAUCUGCUCCGAUAAGACUGGUACCCUCACUCAAGGUCGCAUGAUCACCCGAAAGGUGUGGCUCCGCAAUGACCUCGAGGGUAGUGUCACCGGCGCUGGCGACCCCUACGAUCCUGGCAGCGGUACCGUCUCCUGGUCUGCUCCGCUCGCCGGGAGCGUUCUCAGCCAGUUCCUGACCACCUUGACCCUGUGCAACAACUCUACGGUCACCGAUGGUCGCAAGGAGCCCGAGACGGACUCGAGUAGCGUCACCACCGCCAAUGACAGCGAUUCGCAGUGGAGGGCCAUGGGCGAGCCCACUGAGAUCGCGCUCAAGGUCUUUGCUAUGCGCUUUGGCAAGAACCACAGCAAUGGUGAUGAGCUUUUGGCCGAGCAUCCCUUCGACUCUUCCAUCAAGUGCAUGUCGGUUGUCUACGGCAAUAAGAUCGAGGGCACUCGUACCGCCUACACCAAGGGUGCUGUCGAGGUUAUGCUGACGUACCUCGACGAGGAUGAGAAGUUCAAGGGCGAUAUCCUCGCCAAGGCUGAUUCACUUGCCGAGCAGGGUCUCCGCGUCCUCUGUAUCGCGUCCAAGUCCAUGAGUGAUUCCCAAGCGGAAGAUGUUAACGACCGAGCCAAGGUCGAGAAGAAUCUCAAGUUCCUUGGUCUGGCCGGUCUCUAUGACCCUCCCCGUCAGGAAACCGCCGGUGCUAUCGAAGCCUGCCACGGUGCCGGUAUCACUGUGCACAUGGUGACUGGUGACCACAUCAAGACGGCUACAUCCAUCGCUUACGAAAUCGGUCUCAUUAAGAAGGGUAUGGAUUUGCCUCCCAACGCCGUCAUGGCCGCUGCCGACUUUGGCGCCCUGUCGGACGACCAGAUUGAUCAGAUAGAAUACCUCCCUGUUGUCCUGGCUCGUUGCAGCCCCCUGACAAAGGUCCGCAUGAUCCAGGCUCUGCAUCGACGCAAGGCCUUUUGUAUUAUGACUGGUGACGGUGUCAACGACUCGCCUGCUUUGAAGCAAGCUGAUGUCGGUAUCGCCAUGGGUGACCGUGGUAGUGAUGUCGCCAAGGAGGCUUCCGACAUGGUCCUCACCGACGAUAAUUUUGCCUCCAUCGUUACCGGUAUCAAGGAGGGACGUCGUUUGUCUGACAACAUCCAAAAGUUCCUCCUCCAUCUUCUCACGUCCAACUUGGCUCAGGUCAUCCUCCUCCUGAUCGGUCUCGCCUUCAAGGACGGUGACAAUAACUCGGUCUUCCCUCUAUCCCCGCUGGAGAUUUUGUGGGCCAACUUGAUCACCUCAUCGCCGCUCGCUCUUGGUCUCGGUCUGGAAGAGGCCCAGCCUGACAUCCUACAGCGCCCUCCCCGCAGUCUCCGCACCGGUGUCUUCACCAAGGACCUUGUUCGCGACCAGCUCGUGUACGGUACCUGCAUGGGUUCCGUCUGUCUCAUGGUUUUCAUGUUGGUCGCCUACGCUGGCCAGGGCUUUGUGGACCUCAACACUGGCUGCAACACGGACGGCGGCGGUCAGUGCAACCUCAUCUUCGAGGCUCGUGCCACCACCUUUGCCACCCUCAGCUUCCUCUUGCUGGUCACCUCGUGGGAGGUCAAGCACUUCCACCGCUCGCUUUUCGCCAUGGACGAACGCUAUUCCGGCCCCCUGUCGGUGUUCAGGACCAUCUACCACAACAAGUUCCUGUUCUGGUCGGUCAUUGCUGGCUUCCUCAUCACCUUCCCCCUUAUCUACAUUCCCGUCUUCAACACGGAGGUGUUCAAACACCGUGGUCUGACGUGGGAGUGGGGUGUUGUUGCUGGUGGCGUCGUGCUCUACAUUGCCCUCAUCGAGUCGUGGAAGGCCGUUAAGCGUGCCUUUGGCUUGGGUGUCGACCACCACCCCACUGGAGGCAUGACUGUCUAA